GGGCAGAAAGCGAAGGAGCAGGCAGGCGGGUGGCCGGGGGGGGAGGGAGAAGGCGAGACAGAGAGAAAGGGGGAGGUAGGGGCGCCCCAGAGAGUCCCCGCAGCCCGUGAGCCGACCCGGGAGGAGUCCCCCCCCCCCCAAGGCGCGGGGGCGGCCGCGGAGGAGGAGGACAGCAACAGCAACAGCAGCAGCAGCAGCCCAGCCCAGGCAGUCCAGGCAGCGCCGGCCCGGCCCGGCCCAGGCCCCCGGCGGCCGGCCACGGUGCGCUCCCCGAAGGCCGGCCCCGCACAGCCGGCAGCGGCGGCGGCGUCUGCGCCGUCGGGGCCCGGGGGCUCCCCGUCCUCUGCCGCCACCCCGGGCCUCCCCCCGUCCCCCCAGGCGUCCCCGCGGCCGCCGCCCCCGGCCGGCCUGGCCAUGGCGGCCAUCCGCAAGAAGCUGGUGGUGGUGGGCGACGGCGCGUGCGGCAAGACGUGCCUCCUGAUCGUGUUCAGCAAGGACGAGUUCCCUGAGGUGUACGUGCCCACGGUGUUCGAGAACUACGUGGCCGACAUCGAGGUGGACGGCAAGCAGGUGGAGCUGGCGCUCUGGGACACGGCCGGCCAGGAGGACUACGACCGCCUGCGGCCGCUCUCCUACCCGGACACGGACGUGAUCCUCAUGUGCUUCUCGGUGGACAGCCCGGACUCGCUGGAGAACAUCCCCGAGAAGUGGGUGCCCGAGGUGAAGCACUUCUGCCCCAACGUGCCCAUCAUCCUGGUGGCCAACAAGAAGGACCUCCGCAACGACGAGCACGUGCGCAACGAGCUGGCGCGCAUGAAGCAGGAGCCGGUGCGCACCGAGGACGGCCGCGCCAUGGCCGUGCGCAUCCAGGCCUACGACUACCUCGAGUGCUCGGCCAAGACCAAGGAGGGCGUGCGCGAGGUCUUCGAGACGGCCACCCGCGCCGCGCUGCAGAAGCGCUACGGCUCGCAGACGGGCUGCGUCAACUGCUGCAAGGUGCUCUGAGCCGGGAGCCCCGACGGACAGAGGCCGGGAGCUGGCCCCGGGGGCACCGCCGCCGCUGCCGCUGGCGGCCUGGACGGGCUCCUGGAGAGACUGGGGUGGGGGCAGGGGCGCGGUGCGCGCGUGUGCGUGUGUGUGUGUGCUCGCGUGUGCGCACGGGCACCGGCCCCGGUAACGGACGAAGAAGCCCGCUCUCCGUCCCCGCUGCUCUAUUUGCCCGGAGCUCGGGGCGGGAGGGAGUGGGCACCGCCCCCGCCCGGCUGCUGAGCUCGGCAUUCCUCCCUCCUUUCUUCCCAAGCUCCCCGCCCGCCCCCCUCGAUGUUGGGCCUGGCUGUUCUUUGGGGGUGUGUCUGAGAUGCGGGUGGGGGGAUGGGGCGGGGGUGGGCGCUGUUACAUAGUGAUAAAUAUAAUUUUAUUUUUUGGCAGUAGGAUCUGUGAAAGGCCUGCUCUUAUUUAAGGGGGAGGGGAAGGGAGGGGAGGGGGAGCAGCAACGGAGCAGUUUGGGAUCUUCCCUGACCCCGCCACCCUCGCCCUGUGGUGGGAUUGAACUGAUUUACACCCCCGGGAAGAUCGGGAGAGACUGUCGUGCCCCCUGCGUGGCCCGGGGCUCCGGGAGGCCCACUCGGGAGGGGUGGGGUGAAGCUCAGCUUAACCAGGCCAUCCGGGCUGCGGCCGGCCCUUCUUAAGGGUGGUGGGGGGCAGGAAUCUGACCGAAGUGAACUUGGUGCCUGUCUCCCCGACCCGAACCGCCCCCCCCUUCCCCCGGGUGUUCUCUCCGUGGCCUUCGUGUAAAUCGGAGAGAGGGGUCCGGGUUUUAUUUUUUUCCCCCCCAAGAUUCAGCCGAGCCACCCUUGCACAAAGACCUCCUUUCUCCCUACCGGAGCUGGGGCCCGGGCCAUCCUCCGCCCGACCACCCCAGCGUGUUGUCACCUCAUCUACGGGUUUUUAAAAGGAUGCCACUUCUAAAAAUCCAGGAGGAGAAGAAACCACUGUAAUAUUGUUUUUCCUUGAAAAAAAUGCAAGGCAGCACUGAUUUCUAGGGGGUGGGGGGAGGGGUCGCCUUUGUGCCCGCCGGGCACGUUUUGAUAAAGGGCAGUGAAGAGUUUUGGGGUCUAUUUAACGAUUUCAUCCGGCAGUCUGGGAGACUGGACUUUGGGACUGCGCAGUCUCUCUUGUCGUUGUUGCCUCCCUCCCCCCCCCCAGCGGUACUUUAACCAGUGUCUGGGUUUUGGGUUUUAUUUUUAUUUUUUAAAUAAACUGACGGUUGACAAAGUGAUCAUCACUUCCAUAAAGGUGUUUACAUGAUAUGCUCGGAAGCUUGUGCACAAAGGUUUUUUGGUCAAAUAUUAAAAAGAUUUCAGCGAUUU